AUGGAUCCGAAUCGCAUCUACCUACCGCCACCAACAACGGUUGGACGCUUUCAUUUCCUGUUUGCCCAGGACGCUCAAACGGAUGGCUACUUUCUGGAAAGUCAGAUAAAAAAAGUUUGCGAGGAAAAUGGGGCCGUUUUGAAGGGCUACUCGGAUCGUGUGGUCAAGCAAGAUUUCAACGGCUGCAAGGACACCGAGGUGUAUGCGGACAUAGAGCACCCGGAGUGGCAAAUUGCCUUUUCGGACAUUAUCCUGGACCUUGGCCUACUUUGGCCCGAUCUCGAGGCCAAUUUCCAUCUCGCGGCCACGAUCGAAAUCCCGUCGGCUACUGUGUUCUGCCGACAACUGGGGCCUCCAUUGGAUUUCCCGGCGGAAGCCAUCUACUACGGGAAUUUCGCGAACCGUGGCCAACUCCUGCUCCACUGGGAGGUUUCCUAUCGUAGCAAUGGCGAGCGCUUGAAGGAGGGAAUAAAAUGCUCCUUCGUGCACGACGAGGGAAUGGCCUAUUUCCGGUUCCAGAAUUGGGAAAAAUCGAACGAUUGCGACCGCAACCUCGAAAGCCAUCUGCAAUGGAUUGAAGGCAGAAAGGAUGGAAAAAGCUGCCUAAUGACGUACACGAUUCGGCUGCCCUACAAAAACGUGAAGCGACUAUUUGUGGAGCAGACUGCGGAUGGUACCUAUCUACACUUCCAUACGAUGGUCCCGCCAGAAAUCUUCAGAAUAUCCGAGCAGCGCCAGAAAAAGGCCGGUCGACAAGGCGAUGGUGAGCGCACGCGCUACAUCUUCCGCGGACGCACCGAGGGCGAGCUCCCCAAAUCGACCACACUCUGCGAGUCGCCGAUUUUUAGCGUCGAGAUUUCGCACGAGAAGAUGAGCGACGAUACGCUGUACCAACUGCUCGGGCGAAUGAGCCAGAUUGGCUGCAUGCCGAUUUUCUACACACUCCUCGACCACAAAUACGAGCUGGUCGCCUACAGGGACGAUCUCGGAGGUAUCAAGGAGAUUCAGAAGAUUGUUGAGGACUCGCUGGAGGGGGAUAACGAGGUGAACAUCGAGCUCGAUCCGGCUUUCAACCACCCUGGAUGGGAAAAUAUGAAAGAAGAAGCGGAAGCCGGGCUUAUUGAGUGGUCCCAGGCGAUUAAGCGCGUCCUCGACCAUUACGGCGUCGCGUCGGCCGCCGAGAUCAUCACCGGCUGCGUGAUGGCGAUGCGCAACAAGGCGGCCGAAAGUGACGGUGAUCAAGUCACCUAUUUUACGACCAGCCAAACAAUCGAGUCUACGGGCCAUCACAUCGGCGACUACGAGAUGCUGACCGAGCCGUACGAAGAGCACUGGGCCAACGAAGCUCAUCCGUUGCACAGGCAAGUCAAACAACCGACGGUCGCAAUGCUCCAAAAAGCAACCGCCUACUACAAGGUGGCAUACGAAUACGCAAGGCAGCAGCGCGGUGAUCGCACGUUGUACCUCUCGUUCCCGUGGCUGGUCUGGGACCUGCUCGUCGCCCUGAAGAAGGACCGUUUCCGGCAUGACAUGGAAGCGGUGUAUGAGGAAACGCAGGCCAAGGAGUUCAACGUGGUG